AUGUCCCUCCUGGGAUGCAGGCUGCAGGCCCUGCCCUCCCUUUGCCUCUCCGUGCUGCUCCUGGCCUGCCUUGUAGCAUCCAUGACUACAGAAAGCCUGAUCCCCACCCCUGCCCCUGAGAACAGCCGCUGGGGCCUGGUCAGGGCCAGGGUGGUGGAGAUGGUGAGCCCACUGGUGACCAGGACCAGGGACAGAUGGCAGUGGUUCUGGGGCCCUGGGGCUGUCCAGGGCUUUGUGCAGACCUACUAUGAAGACCAUUUGAAAGACCUGGGUCCCCGCACUCAGGCCUGGCUGCAAAGCUCCAGAGACCACCUCCUGAACAAGACCCUCAGCCUGUGUCCCCAGCUGCUCUGCAGAGACCGGACUCAGGGUUAA